UUUGGUCGCCGAAGACAGAAUUUAUGACUGCCUGUAAGCUUAAGCUCACUUUCUCGCAGCAGCUUUCAACUGGGACAUAUCGCAUCUGCACUGCAACGUAUCCCAACUGGAAUUUGAGACAUUCCUCUAACCUUUUCAGCAACUGUUGCAAUAAGGUAAAAUGUAUAAAUCAAUGUUAACCUAUGAAAACCUGAUGUUCAACGGCCCUGAAUGACACUCAUGUACACAAGCCCAUCAGUCAUGCCUACGACAGUGACGACAGCAGCGUCGACCGACAACACAUCUCCCAAACUCCCUCUUAACCUUGGAUUCAAGACGUUUCCUCUGACGUCAAGUUGGUAUAAAAGCUCUUUUUUUUUGAGAGGCAAACUCAUUAAAACAAUGUUAAUUCUUGAGUUUAGUGUCUAUGUAACCGGGGAAACUCUCUAAUAGUCAAUGAGAGUCAUAAAUCCAUCUGAAUGUUGCCUCUAUUGUUGUUAGGCAUGCUUGGAGUGGGACAAAAAAGGUCACAUCACAUGUGGACCAAUUGGUAUGGGGAGUUCUCAGAGAUGGAGGGGGAAAAAAUCCAAGGGAGGAAAAAUGUGGGAAGAAGUUCUAAACACACAGUUUAGGAUAGGUGGAAAAGUUUAGUCCAAAACUCAAACAAAAGAAACCUCCAAUCAUUCUAUGGCUGCUUUUGUUAAAGUAAUUAACAUUUAUUGUGGUUUUCUGGGCUUUUAAGAAACUUUAUAGUAGCUUAACAUAAAGCUUCCUGUAAAAUUCUCAGAUUCUCUGUUUGGACAUGUUUUUUUUUUUUUUUCCCAGUCACCAAUGUUUGAAAGCAUUCAGGUUCAAAGCCAUUCACUUGAUGCCAUAUGACAGCAGAGAAGAGGAGGUGUUGUCGUUUGUGUCCUGCCCCCCUCUAAAAGCUGGAGGUAUGACAUCAACAGCAAUAAUGAAAGCGGCUCAUCAACAACUGGACACCGGGGCUAUAAAAGGAGCCCGUGGAGUCCAGUGCUUAUCAUAACUAAUAGGAGCUAACCACCAAACCAGACUGGCUCGCUUAAGAGACCAUAGCACCAUAUUUUAUCUUUCAUCACACUGAGGAGAAGGAGGCAACUCCACCACAGGUAUGUUCAUUUCAACCUGUCAGUCCCGAAUCAAGUGGAGGCCAAAUGCCUCAAAUUCAGCAGGGUUACUCUUUUGUAUCUAAGAACAAUAAUGCUUUGUAUUUCAGUAUGUGAUAUACAAUGGAAGCUAAUUCUAAUUUCCUCACUUAUUCAAGAGGGAACUUGCCUUUAAGUGUUCUCAAUUAAGCAAAAUGUAGUGGAAAGCAUGAUUUUGAAAAAGUCUUAUUUGUUUCAACAGGUUGUAAAGGUCAACAUGCAAAACGUGGACGUUAAAAUUCUCGUCGUGUUCUUCUGUGUUGUGCACCUUUCCAUUUACUGCCAAGGGCGUCCUCUCAGUAAAAGGACAGUGAGCGAAGUGCAGCUCAUGCACAACCUGAGACACCACCAGCAGGUGCAGGAGCGCCGCGAGUGGCUGCAAACCAGGAUCCAGGACAUCCACAAUGCUGCGGGCCGGGCCAGCAGUGGAGACACGGAGGGCUGGAAGAGAAGAUUACAUCCUGAUGAGUUGGCCGAGCUGACACCAGAGGAGAUAAAGGAAGCUUUGGACUUUCUGGAGAACCUCCUCAAAUCAAAGCAGUGAUGAUUUUUUUUUUUCUUCUAUAUCUUUUUUUAAUUUGUUUGCAUUCACAUAACAUUUCCAACAUCUUAGAUUUUAACAGUUAUAUUCUGCUUUUGAGUUUAUAUCUUGUUUUUUUAGGUUUUUUUUAUCAGUUAUUUUUUUUUGCUUAUUUAUUCAACUUUAUUUAUUUUUACUUUAUUUUUUAUUUAUGAGACAGUGCCUCUUUUAGGCAGAUCUUCCGUUAUAGCUGCACUUUUAUUGAACGACUUGUUUUAUAAAACAAACAUGAAGGAGUUAGUCUGAACUGGACCAAUUAUGUUUUUUUUUUUUUUGGUUUUGUCUUUUUGUUGUUUUUUUGUAUAUUUUGCUCAGACAAAGCCCUAAUGUUGGGUUUACUAAGGUUAAAUGUGUAGUCUGUUGUUUUUGUGCAUGUUGCCUACUAAAUGUUUGAUUGGGCUUAAACAUAGUUAGCCCUCUGUAGCCUGAUAAGCUGUACUUAAAAAAUAAAA